GAUAGCGAAGCGAACAAACGGCCGGCACGCACAUAGUGCAGGUGCAUGUGGGGAGGCAAGCUUGCGCAAAACUUCAUAUGUCAUAGUGGUUGACAACUGCAUGGCCUGCCUAGUAUAACAUUGAGAAUCAAACGCCCGUCCCAUCCACAGAGAAUACUAACAUCCAAAGGAAAAUACUAAAGAGGGAUACAACUGGCAAACUGCACACCAAAUCAGUAAAAAGAUAUGACUCUUCAGUCGGCGAGUGACAAUGUGAGCUACGAGACCCAUAGCGACGACGUACGCCGUCUAUUCCGCCGUAUAUCAUCAUCCCGCAUAUCGGUUCCCUCCCUUCCCGACUUGUCCCCGAUCUUUACUACCAAAAAAGAAAAGAUAGAGUACCACCCAGAGAAGUUGGUCGCCCCUUCACCGCCGCUUGUCCGUUCUCGCGCUAGUGAAAAAAAUAUCCUGUCUGUCUCAGGAACAGGGGUUCCUUUCCCAUCGGGUUUCGCUUGGCUGCGAGGUUCGAUCAGUUGUUGGCCAGGCCUCUCUCUUCUUUCUCGCCUCCUCCCUACAAUUCCGAAACGAAAGAAAAGAAAACCUCAUCGUUCCAAUCGGACCCUGGCGAUCAGCUCCGACCCUGGCCCCAUCGUGCGCUCAUUCUGUCUGAGCUGCAUGUUGCCGGAUUGCCGCGGGUCGGUAGGGCCAUCAUUCGCAUGACCCCGUCGGCAACGAGACAUGGUCCAACCAGUUGCCGAUCCAUCUGGCUAUGGAUGACGGCGUGGCCGAUUAGUAACGGCGGCGAUGGUCUAUCACAAUCCAAUUAGAAUCUGUUUGGCUUAUAGUACGAUAAGAAAGAAUGCGUGUAGAUUUGGCAACAGGGGAGAAAGGGGGAGAAUCCAUCUAUCUGAGUAACGCAAUGCAAGACGGCUGCUUGUU